AUGGAUGGCCCAGGCCAGACCUCUGCGAGCGCCGCCCCCGCGGGCAACUCCAGCGAUUUCGUGCGCAAACUAUACAAGAUGCUGGAGGACCCCUCGUACGCGUCCAUUGUGCGCUGGGGUGAUGAAGGAGACAGUUUUGUGGUGCUAGAGUGCGAAAAAUUUACAAAGACGAUCCUGCCGAAGCACUUCAAGCACAGCAACUUCGCCAGCUUCGUGCGCCAGCUCAAUAAAUACGACUUUCAUAAAGUCCGACAAAAUAACGAAGAGAGCGGUCAAUCCCCGUACGGUCAAAAUGCCUGGGAAUUCAAACACCCAGAGUUCCGUGCAAACAGCAAAGAUUCACUUGAUAACAUUCGGAGGAAAGCCCCCGCCCCUCGAAAACAAGCCCAAACGACGGAGGAAUCAGUUCCGACUCAACAGAUCGACCUGCUCAAUCAACAGAUCUUGGCCCAGCAACAACAAAUCCAGCACCUCUCCGACCGCUAUGCUCAGCUCACAGUGGAUCAUCAACUCAUGUUGCAGGAAGUCAUGCGCGUACAAAAGACGGUUGUGAACCACGAAAAUGUCAUCCACCAAGUAAUGAGCUACCUACUUUCCGUGGAUGCGCGCCAAAAACGGGAGAGCAAGUCCUCGGUUUCUUUCCCUGCACAAGGUGGCUCAACCAUGAGUCCCCUCCCGCCGGGAGGUGGGGACGACGAGCCUUCGUCCUCUCCGUUACAGCAGGCCUCGAAAUUGUUGAGCGACAUGAAUGCUGAGAUUCAAUUCAACCUUCCCGGUAUGGACCCAGCCAGCGAUCCGCAAAGAGCUGGCGCAGCCCCCGUAGCGACCCCGACAAUGGAUGCAGCGUCUCGCAAUGGUUCGAUGCGAUCUGCAACUACUGCGCCUCCAAACGCUGCUCUGGUCUAUCCUAAAAUGGGUAGCGACUUGGAACAAGUCGUUUACCCGGUGGGCGCUACGAACGGCAUCGACCCUAUGUACAGCGAGCAUGUCAACAACGUGCCAUAUCCUAUGCCUACCAAGACCGAGGGCGACGCUGCGGAGGCACGCCGUCAACAAUCGGACAACCGGAAGAAGAGUACAAACAUCGAUCCUGGCUGGGUUCGCAAUCCUCGUAUCUUAUUAGUUGAGGAUGAUUCCACGUGUCGACAGAUUGGUGGGAAAUUUCUAUUCUCUUUCUCAUGCGUUAUUGACACAGCGUUCGAUGGAUUAGAGGCUGUCAACAAGAUGCAAGACGGCUCGAAUUACGAUUUGAUUCUCAUGGACAUUAUCAUGCCGAACUUGGAUGGUGUAUCAGCGUGCCAUCUUAUCCGCCAAUUUGAUCAAACCCCCAUCAUUGCUAUGACAUCUAACAUCCGAAGUGACGACAUUCAACUUUACUACCAACAUGGAAUGAAUGGUGUUCUCCCCAAACCUUUCACUCGGAAGAGCUUACUCGACAUGCUUGAGCAGCACUUAGCACAUCUCAAGUCUGUGCCCCCCGGAAUAGAGGCACCGCCGCCCCCCGUUCCGGUUACGAUGGCACCCCAAACGUCAGCAACACAAUCGAUUAAAGAAGACAGCUCACCCGGCCAAUCACCCGCUGGCUCCAUGGCCUGGCAAUCACCUGGGCAGUUCCAGGGCAUGGCCCCCGUCCAGCCAAGCAUGACGCCCGUCCAAGGGCAAUAUGUCGCAGCUCCACCAGGCGCCCCAGCGUAUGCGGUGGACCAGAACGGUGUUCAGUUCCCUGCCCCGGCAGUCGCUGUACCUUCUACCGGCCCACCAGCGCGCCCUCCUCAUCGACGACAGCUCUCAGAAAUGUCUAGCGUCGGUGAAAAUCAAAACAUGGCGAAACGGCAACGCAUGUACACUCAACCUCAACCAAUGAUGGCAGUCCAGGCUGGCCGACCUGUCUGA